AUGGCCCCAGUAAACCAGCUUCUCUUCGCCCUCUUCCUCCAAGGCCUCGCCGGCAGCACCUACGCCGCGCCUCAGCAGCGCUGGGGAUACCCCUCGCGCUUCAACAAGCCCCAGCAGGUCUCUAACCCCGAACCCACCACGCCUGCCAGCGUCACCGUCGAGGCUGCUGCCGAGCCCGCCAAGUUCGAGGCCCAGCCCACAGCUGGCCCCGGAGGCAGCAACUUCAAGGACUCGGACCACUUCCGCGUCUACGGCGCCGGCUCGGGCGACGCCGAUAAGGCUCUCGGCAUGCUCGAGAGCGCCUACGACUGCUUCGUGCACAACCUCGGCUGGCGCUCCACCGGUCUCUCCUUCAACGACGACAGCAAUGCCGGACCCUUCUACAAGACCAACAUCUACUCCGUCGGCGACCUCGGCACCGCCGCCGGCGUCAUGCACUCCGAGUACUCCUCCGGCGCCGCCUGGCUCGAGGUCGUCGACCAGUGGCUCACCAACCCGGGCGUCACCGUCCACGAGUGGGGUCACGGCCUGCACUACCACCAGAAGACCUGGGUCGACCAGGCCGACACCGGCGCCUGGUGGGAGACGGUGGCCAACUGGGUUCAGGAUACCUACCAGACCUCCCCUCUCUGCGCCGAGUCCCGCCAGAAGCACAACCAGGAGGAAGGGCGCACCGAGUUCAACAUGGAGAAGACGCUCGUCAACUCCCACCAGGUCAUCGUCGACGGCACCGCCGGCACCGGUAACUACUACGAGGCCUGGCCCUUCCUGACCUACCUCACCAACAACCCCGACAACCUCGGCGGCCUCGGCAAGGAGACGCUGCACAAGAUGAUGACGGAGUACAAGGAGGGCAGCAACGAGACGCCCCUGCACACCCUCGACCGCGUCGCCUCCAACAACACCGCCGGCGACGUCGUCGGCGCCUACUGGGCCCGCAUGGCCUACGUCGACAUCGGCCACGACCAGGCCCAGUCCAUGUUCCUCAGCUCCAAGGGCCGCCUCAACUUCGACAGCGUCGAGGGCUCCGGCUCCUCCUACAAGGCCAAGUCCGACCGCGCGCCCCGCUACAUGGGCGCCAACAUCAUCCCCCUCAAGGUCACCGGCAGUAAGGUCGACGCAAAGGUCACCUCCGCCGGCGAGUUCACCGCCACCCUGUCCAUCUUCGACGCCAGCACCAAGAAGGGCCGCUACGUCACCCUCGUCAACGGCGCCGGCUCCGCCACCAUCGCCACCGGCGAGGAGGUCAGCCUCGUCGUCGCAAACACCCCCAAGGCCCCUAUCCAGUACAACGGCUUCAAGCUCGAAGGCAGCGAGGCCAACAAGGGUCUGGAUUACUCCUUCACCCUCACCGGUGCCACCACCGCCUAA